CCGGGAUCAUUGGUUGCUGUUGUUGUUGCUGCUGCUGCUGCUGCUGCUGUAAACAAGUAUCGUUAAAUGUCAGUUACGUCGAAGGUUUUUGCAAGUUUGGAUGUUUUAUUAUCAAUUAUACAAACAACACAUAUAGGAAGAGUUGCGUUUGCUAGCGCGUCAAGAGGGAUUUUUAAACUCGGUUGGAUGGUGUAUUGGCAGAAUAAGAAUAAAUAAAUCACUUAAUUAGCAUUCUGGCAUUUGUCGGUCGCGCCGUCGGUUUUGUCGCGGAAAAAUGUCGCACCAAGCGUCGUUGGGCCCAUUAUUGUGACAGUUAGCGUGUGACGGGUGGCUGCUGUGGGUUAACCGCGUGAAUAUUUCAACCGCGGGUGCCGUCGCUCAGUUUUGUGUCGGUGGAAAAUUCAAGGAAGAGGAAAAUCUCCAGCCCUGAUCGAGAAUUUCAAAUUAUGCUGAAAACUACAAACGUGCCAACGAAGUGUUAUGUGAUAGUGAAAAGCAUGUAAAAGCACCAAGUGUUAAGGAAGAAGGCAAAAGUUUCAAAGAAGAAAAAGAAGAAUAGCCGUACAAAAGUGCAUACUCAAGUGACACCAACUGCAGAAUAAUGUGUUUAUAAAUAUCACACCCACUGUCAAAACGGAUCAGAAGCAGUGAAGCGUCAGAUAGAUACGGGAGCAGUGGAGGACAACAAUAACAACAACAACGACCACCACUAAGAAAUAAAACCCAAAACCACCGUCUGUUCCGUUCUGUUCGCCUGGCGGCUCGAAUCGUGAAUUCGAAUUCCGAAGCCCACCGAGCUACAUACCAACCUACCCAAUAUAGGAAGCGAGCAAAAUGAUGGAUCGGAUACCGUCACUGUCGAUACCGGGCUUAUCGCUGUCGCAUCCACUGUCGAUACCGACGUCGCAGAACCUCUCGAAUCAAUCAUCACACGCCGCGCUCAACUCGCUUAAUCUGCACACCCAGAAUUUGCAUUCGGCGGCAUCUGUCAAUGCGCUGCACGGUUCCCAGGGCGGAUCGACGACGGCCCAGGCGGCGGUGGCCGCCGCUGCCAACCUGCACCAGAACGUCGGCGGGCUGCUCAAUGGGAACGCGAACGGGAAUGGCCUGCUGGGGCAGACGAUGAUGAAGAAACCCGCCGAAGAGCACAUCAAACGUCCGAUGAAUGCCUUCAUGGUGUGGUCCCGGCUGCAGCGACGGAAGAUCGCCCAGGACAACCCAAAAAUGCACAACUCGGAGAUCUCGAAACGGCUCGGGAAUAACAAUCGAAUUUAA